CCAGCUUGUGACAACUAUGACCUAAGUAGAGGUUGUACAAGGAUCUUUGACCCUGUCUGUGGCACGGACAACCUCCUGUACGGCAAUGAGUGUCUGUUGUGCUAUCAGAACCG